AUUGCCAACGACAACUUCGUGCCAUCGAUCGCCGCAUCAUAUGCCUCUCUUCCUGGACACUGCGUCGCUCAUGGAACACGUGGAGCACCCACCAGCCCUCCCCGACAUGGCCAUAGAAGGCCAAUUGGCUAGGAAACGAAUUCUCUCGAAAGCGCUGACAUUUGCUGAUGUUGUGCUCUCGGACAAGUCUACGAUUCAAGUGAUGUUCCGAGCUGGAGAGGCAGAAUGGACAAAGGAGAGGUUGACCCAGCUGAACUGGGACAUCCACAUUGGCGACAUUGUCGUAAUAUCUGGAACCGCAAAACUCGAAGACGGGGGUCGCAUUCUUGUCGUUGCAUCGUCGUGCAUUGUCAAGGAAAGCUGGAAGACGUCACAUCCAGACCAAGGAUUUGAGCCAUUAGCCGACGAGCCCACGGUGCGUGCCAGCAAACAAGCGUACUCCCACUUGAUCCAACUACGUGGAUUCAACGCCUGCAAAUUCCACUUCAGCAAUGGCUCGUGUGACCGCGGCCAGUUGUGUCACUUUUGGCACGGGCCUUUGGAAGACUACAAAUUACUUCGAGACGAAUGGCUUCAGAAACGGGCGGAGCAAAAACGAGAGCUGGCGCUCUUGGUGGACGAUCCACUGGACCCGCAUUCCAAAGAACUAAAGUCCCAACGAGCUCGCAUCUUCACCGAUUGGCUGGUCGAGCAAUAUGGGGUAGCUCGACUUCAAGAAGGCUCGGGCGUGAUCGACGUUGCGGGAGGCAAAGGCGACGUUUCAUUUGAAUUGUGGCUGCGUCGAGACAUCCCCACGACGCUGAUCGAUCCGCGCCAAGUGAAAACUCGACGGACGCACUUGAAGUAUAUGGCGCAACAUGGCAAGCCCAAGUGGACUCAUGUGCGUCACCCUUUGUUUCGUGAUUGAUUGUGAUGAUAGAAGGCGAACUGUAGAUGAUGGCUGAAUUGAAUGAUGACUUGAUUGCUGCGCAUGAUCCGCUCUUUCGGUCGUGCGCGAUCGUGGUGGGGAUGCACCCAGACGAGGCCACGGAAGCCAUCGUGGAUGCCGCCCUCGCCAUGAACAAACCGUUUGCAAUCGUGCCUUGCUGUGUCAUGAGUCGGCUCUUUCCAACACGAGCAUGCAACAAGAUGAAGGUAGCCACGUACGAGACGUUCGUCACGUACCUCAAAGCCAAACACCCAGGCAUUCAGUCGGCAUUCCUUCCAUUUGGCGGACGCAAUCAAGUGUUGUACUUGCUGUAACU